AUGAGUCUGCAAGACGACGAAGUAGAGGAGCGUUGCAAAACAUGGCUUUUUGACUGCGCCACAUCCAGCACGUCGGGCAUCUUCGGCGAGUCGAAGCUCGAGCUAUGCGCUAUGGCAGCAGAUCCAGAGUGCCUCCAAAUCUUCGACGGUGGAGCAGCAACCCAGCGUUGGGGCGGUGUCAGUUCCGCCGACCGCGCCUGCAAGCGAGCUCCCUCCAACGCAAUCUUCGCGGUUGCUGAGGGACAUAACCCCAAUUCAUGUUUCUCGGUAGAUGGAUACGGCGCCAAGUUUGCGGACUUCGAAGCGUUGUCUUCGCAGGUCGUUCUCGCCGAAACCGCGUUUUUCUCGGGCGCCGGACUCGUGAUGGUUUACCUUGCUCGGAAGGCGUCGACGUGGCGAUUCCGACAGCAGCCGGCAGCCGCAAUGCCAGCCGAGACCGACAUGGGACAGCACGGGGUAAAGGGUGUCGGCACAACACCAGGAGUACGUACAGCCGAGGAGGGUGGUGAUGCCGUCGUCGAACAAGACAAGGUGCAGAACACCACCAAGGCGAUCGAUCUCGGACCCAAAAGCACCAGCACCAUCACCAGCACCAGCAACAACAACAGCAACAACAACAACAACAACAACAACAACAACAACAACAACAACAACAACAACAACAACAACAACAACAACAACAGCAACAGCUCCGUGUGCCCUAAGCCCCACGCCGUGUCUACGGGCGAACCCGGCGACGGUGCGGUCGAGGCAGGUGGUGGCGAAGGCAACCACCCGAACGGCGGCGGUGGAAUCGGCGGAUACCACAAGCUCGAGCUGAUGGCGGGGGAGGAAUUAGAAGCCGGAUCGCAGAUGCCGCAGAGGCUUGUCUCGGAGGGAGAAAAGGGAAAGCCCCGCCGCUGGUGCAUGGAAGACAUGGUGUCUGCUGAGGACGACGGCCGCGGCAAGAUGAUCGGGAGCGGCAGUUUCUGUGAGGUACUCAAGAUCGCCAUGGCAAACGGCGUGUCGAUCGCGGUGAAGGCAUUGUGCAGGUGGCGCCAAGACUUGGGCUCCCAGGAUAAGUUUAUCGACCGGGAGAUUGCGAUUUUGCAGGAAUGCAACGUACACCCAUACGUGGUCGACAUCUUCGGCUACAUCAGGACUACCGAGAGGGUCCUGAUCAUCAUGCCAAUGGCCAUGACCGAUUUGAAGACAAUGCUCAAGGUGAAGCCGUUCACCAAUUUGGAGACCCAGCACUUCAUUCGGCAACUGCUGUCUGCCUUGGAGUUCCUGCACAGCAGGAACAUUGUCCAACGCGAUAUUAAGCCCCACAACCUCCUCCUGCCCGACGGAUCUGGCGUGGGUGGGGCUUCGGGCAAGAAGCUUCUUCUCGCCGACUUUGGCCUCUCAAAGAAGUUGUCCGAUGAGCAUGGAUUUUUGACCGACGUCGUUGGGACCAAGCCGUACAUGGCUCCGGAGCUGCUCAGCAGCGAUGAAGCUGACCUCAAGUACGGCAAAAAGGUGGACGUGUGGGCGGCGGGGGUGGUGACUCACGAACUUCUGGCUUGUGUGACACCAUUCAGCGGGGUCGCCAACGAGUCGGGACUGACUAACGACGCGACGGGUGAGAACGGGGUGCAGGAGGCAAAGGGGGACUGCGCAACCCCCGCCGGAACGAAGACGAGGGAGCAGCUGGAGGACGACAUUGCUUACGAGGCGGAAAAGAACAACAUCCGCGAGGGGCGCGCCAUCUUCGACUCGUCGCUUGUCAGUGAGGGAUGCGUGAGGUUCUUGAAGCAGCUGCUCCAGGUCGACGACAGCAAGCGGCCGUCUGCUCGAGAGGCCGCCGACCACCCGUGGCUGGGAGGGCCAGAGCAGGCGGCGGCAAUGCGGGCUAGCGUGUCAGCCGAGGUGGAGACAAGGGCAGCUGCUGAGAAGGCCGAGAAGGAUUCUCUUGUAAGGAGGGUACGCCGGGGACCGAGGAUGCAGAAGACGGCGAUGAACGCGGCUGCUGCUGCAGCGGCGGCGCCUGUACCUCUGUCUGCAAGGGUGGGGUCGACGGAUUCGGGGAGGUAG